CCCUUCCUUUUUUGGAUCCCACCUCCCGGUUUCAGCCAGAAGAGCGAUAGCUGAAUGAUAGCAAUCAAGUCAUGUCUGCUGUUCAUGCAAGAUGGAUCAUAGGGAAAGUAAUUGGAACCAAAAUGCACCAGACAGCUAAAGUGAGAGUAACAAGGCUGGUACUGGACCCUUACUUAAUAAAGUUCUACAAGAAGCGAAAAACAUACUUUGCUCAUGAUCCUCAGCAACAAUGCAUCGAGGGAGACAUUGUCCUUCUGAAAGCUUUGCCUGAACGAAAAAGCAAGAAUGUGAAACAUGAGCUUGCUGAGAUUGUGUACAAGGUUGGGAAAGUAAUUGAUCCCAUUACAGGGAAACCGUGUGCAGGCCAUAAGUUCCUGGAAGGUGUCUCAGACACAGAAAAUCUGACUGACAGAGAUACUAGCUUUCUUAGUGAGAAACUCCAAGAACUAACAGUUUCUUCUCCAGAUAAAUGAAAAGUUGGAAAAUUAUUUGGGACUUCUCUGCCUGUCUCAAGGAAAAAGUUUUAUUGAUCUAUGUAGGAAGCAUGAUUAAUAAUAAACUGAAGCUAGUGUGUA